UACCUAUGCAAAAAGACCAAAAUCUGAGAAAAAAAAAAAUGAAAAAAAUAAAGAAAAUAUUUCCAAAAAUAAGGAAGUAGAAUUACUCUCACCUUCUUCAACAAAUGGUUCAUUAGAUAUCAUUAACACCAUUGAUAAAUUAUCUCCUGAACUUCCAGAAUACUUAAAGAAUGAAAAUAGAUUAGCAUUCUAUAAUAUGCUUAUUCGACAAUACAUUCCCUUACAUGAAGAAGAUCAUGGAAAUAUUUUCAAAUCAUGA